AUGGGAAGAACUCCCGUCUGCUCUCAGGGCUUGAACAGAGGAGCUUGGUCCCUGGAGGAGGAUCGAAUCCUCGCAAACUAUAUCGAAUCCCAUGGUGCCGGAAAAUGGUCCAGCGUUCCUAAAGAAGCCGGCCUCAAUCGGACUGGGAAGAGCUGCCGCCUUCGUUGGCUGAACUAUCUCCGACCUGGCCUCAAGAGAGGUAACAUAACCCAAGAAGAGGAGGACCUUAUCAUCAGACUCCACAAGCUUCUAGGAAACAGGUGGUCUUUGAUAGCCGGCCGGCUCCCGGGACGUACCGAUAAUGAAAUUAAGAAUUAUUGGAAUACAAUUCUUAGGAAGAAGGUGCAACGAGGCAGCAGCUUGGCUCAAGCGGUGCAUCAUGAACUAGAGUCGGCUCAAACCAAGGCAACAAGGUGCAGCAGCAGCAUACUGAUUGAUCUGAAGGUUGAUGGAGAGAUCCAAUCGAAGGACAAUGCAGCAGGAGAUCAGAAUUGCAGAGGCGGUGCAUCGAUGCCACCUUCAGACGAUCCCUUCUUGUUCAAUGAAGACAUGGCGGAUGGAUGGAUGAGGGGGGAAGAGAUCCAACCAGCCUUCGCUUGGGAGUUCGGUUCCUUGGCCUGUUUCAUGGGCACAGAAGAUUUCCUAUGGUCCAACGAUGUCUUUCACAAAUAGAUGGUACGUUUGUGUAGCCCCUUGGAUUGGUGCUUCUACUCUAUAUUGGAUAUCUAUUUUAGAAAAUAUUGGAGGCACCUCCAGA